CAGGUUAACAUUAUCAUCAUGUUCCGCACUAUGACAUCUGAUCUGAUUGUACUCACAUUGCUUUUGGUACUGUUAGUACUGCUAAUGCCUUAUACUUGGAGUUUUCAAGCUUUGAGUCCUGGCUGCCACCUGUUCCCAUUUAAUGUAACCAUACGGACAGACAAACGUGGGACGUGUCAAGGAACCCAGGUGGUCUAUGCUUGUGUGGGUUACUGUGAGUCGAGCGCUUUCCCUUCCCGUUACUCUGUAUCAGUGGCCUCCAACUUUACCCACAACAUAACGUCUGCUUCACGCUGUUGCACCAUUAGCAAGGAUGUAAAGGUUAAAAUCCGUCUUCACUGUCCUCGUGGCCAACACCAUGAUGAUAUUGAGAUCUUAAGUGCACGUGCCUGUCGCUGCAACAUGUGUCACAAAUCCCGUUACUGA